AGCUGAUAAAAGGUGGACCGUCGAGUUCCCAUUUAGUGCGUUUGGCACGAUUGGUUGCAGCCACAUUUUGAUCCUCACCACCGGGCAUCAAAAAGGAAAAGGGUCAACAUGGCUGUGCCCAAGAGCACGGUGGACCUACAGGGGGAGUGGGUUUGGAUCAAACCUGCAACACCUGGCGAGUUUGAAGUGCCAAUUGGUGCCAGAAUCGUCUCCAACGACAAAAACAAAUUAACAAUCAAAGAUGACGAAGAAAAAACUAGAACCGUGUCUGUGGACGCAAUCGUCAAAACCAUGCAUCAGACCUCCGUCCAGGGCGUGGAGGACAUGAUUUCUUUGGGCGAUCUGCACGAACCAGGCAUCUUGAGGAACCUCCAAAUGCGCUACAAAGACAAUUUGAUUUACACGUACACCGGCUCCAUCCUGGUGGCCAUCAACCCAUACAAAGUUCUGCCCAUUUACACUCAAAAUCAGAUCAAACAAUACCGCGGCAAGAAGAUUGGUCAAGAGCCGCCGCACAUUUUCGCCGUCGGCGACAACAGCUUCAGUAAUAUGCAGCGCUACAAGCAGAACCAGUGCAUCGUUAUUAGUGGUGAGAGUGGCGCCGGAAAAACGGAGAGCACAAAACUGAUUUUGCAAUUCUUGGCCGCCAUCAGUGGCAGACACUCGUGGAUCGAGCAGCAAAUUUUGGAAGCAAAUCCCAUUUUGGAAGCAUUUGGAAACGCGAAAACGAUCAGGAAUGACAACUCUUCGCGAUUUGGAAAGUUCAUCGACAUACAUUUCAACAAGGAGGGGGUCAUCGAGGGGGCCAAAAUUGAGCAGUAUCUACUUGAAAAGUCACGAAUCGUGGCCCAGAGCACCGACGAAAGAAACUACCACAUUUUCUACUGCAUGCUGGCCGGAUUGAGCGCAGACGAUAGAAAGAAACUCGAGCUGCAAGACGCUUCCCAUUACAAAUACUUAACUGGGGGUGGAAGCAUCACUUGCGAGGGCAGAAACGACGCAGCCGAGUUCGCGCAGAUCAGGUCAGCGAUGAAAGUGCUCAUGUUCACCGACCAGGAAAUCUGGGACAUAAUGAAACUGCUCGCCGCCCUUUUGCACAUCGGCAACAUUCGAUACAAAGCAUCCGUGAUAAAUAACUUGGACGCCACCGAAAUACCUGACGAGACAAACAUCAAAAGGGUCUCCAAUUUGCUCGGAGUGUCUCCGAAAUCACUUGUCGAGGCGCUCACGACCAAGAGCAUAUUCGCGCACGGAGAAACGGUUGUUUCGAGUCUUUCCAAGGAGCAGUCGAUGGACGUGAGGGACGCGUUUGUCAAGGGCAUCUACGGCCAGCUCUUCAUUCUGAUCGUCGACAAAAUCAACAACGCCAUUUACAAGCCGCAAAUCGCCUCGGGCCAGAAAAUUGGAGUCCUUGACAUUUUCGGCUUCGAGAACUUUAACAUCAACAGUUUCGAGCAGUUCUGCAUAAACUACGCAAACGAGAGCCUGCAGCAAUUUUUCGUGCAGCACAUUUUCAAACUGGAGCAAGAGGCGUACUCGGCAGAGGGCAUCAGUUGGAAGCACCUCGAGUUUCAGGACAACCAGCACAUUUUGGACAUGAUCGCGAUGAAGCCAAUGUCCAUCAUGAGCCUCAUCGACGAGGAGAGCAAAUUCCCAAAGGGCACGGACCAGACGUUGCUGAACAAAGUUCACUCAAACCACCAAACGAGCAGGUGCUACCUGAAGCCAAAGUCGGACCUGAACACGUCCUUUGGCCUGGAGCACUUUGCGGGGGUGGUUUUCUAUGACACCAGGGGCUUCCUCGAGAAGAACAGGGACACCUUCAGCACGGACCUGCGUCAACUGGUGCACAUCAGCACCAAUCGCUUUUUGGCGCAGCUCUUCGACGACAAUAAACUGCCAAACAACAGCAGGGGCAGCAUUCCGGACACGACGAAGCGGCAGCAAACGCUGUCGGCGCAGUUCAAGCGGUCGCUGGACGCGUUGAUGCGCACCCUGUACAGCUGCCAGCCGUUCUUUGUGCGCUGCAUCAAACCCAACGAGUACAAGAAACCGCAGAUGUUCGACCGCGCCCUGUGCUGCCGCCAAUUGCGUUACUCUGGCAUGAUGGAGACGAUCCGCAUUCGCAAGGCGGGAUACCCUAUCAGACACGCGUUCAAAGAUUUCGUCGAGCGAUACCGCAUUCUCGUCCCUGGCAUUCAGCACUCGGCCAAGGCCGACUGGAAGCAUCUGUCGAACAAAAUCUGCGGCGCCAUUCUGGGCAGGUCCGACUACCAAUUGGGGCACUCGAAGGUUUUCUUGAAGGACGCCCAGGAUUUGCAGCUGGAGCAGGAAAGGGGUGUCGUCCUCGCAGCCAGAAUUUUGAUUCUGCAACGCUGCAUCAAGGGCUGGAUCCAAAGACGCAGGUACCAGAGAUUGAGGGCUGCCACUGUAAAGAUUCAAACGGCGUGGAGAGGCUACUUGCCGAGGAAGCGUUAUCUGGAAGAGAGAAAUGGUUGGCGACGUCUGCAGGCUUGCAUAACCUCCAGGCGACUGACGCACAAGUUCACCCGAACUAGAGAAAAAACCAUUCGACUACAAGCUCGUUGUCGCGGAUACUUGGUGAGGAAAACGCUGGCCCGUCGCGAGAAGGCGAUCGUCAAAGUGCAGGCGCACGUGCGGCGCAUCAUCGCCCAGAAGCAGGUGUUCCGGAUGCGGUACCGCGAGCAGCGAAUGCAGGAGAUCCGGCGGCUGCGGAAGGAGGAGGAGGCGCGCUUCAAGAAGGACAAGAUGGAGAAGUACAAGGAGGAGGCCGAGAAGAACUACAAGAUCCGCGUGCAGGAGCUCGAGAAGGAGAUGCAGGCGCAGGAGUUGGACGCCAAGUGGCGCGCCGAGAGGAACAACCGGCGCAUCACCGAGGCGCUGCGGAAACGCGAGGCGCCCAUCGACCACUCGCAGUACGUCAGCGACAUUUUUGGCUUCUUGGAGAAGACGCCGAGCGAGGCGUCCUCCUCCUCACUGCCCAGCCCCACGUCCGAAGUGCAGAGAACCACGGUUUACGGAGGACUUGGUGCCGAGUCAGCUAAGAAAGCGCCCCCGUCAGAAAUUAUCGACGCGAUGGGUAAGAGCAAAAUGGAGAAGGACGACCUCGAAGAGUACAGUUUCCAGAAGUUCGCCUCCACCUACUUCCAGGGCAUGGUCAAUCAUCAGUACUCGAGAAAGGCCAUCAAACCCUCUUUGCUCAAAUUGCCAACAGCUGCAGAUGAACUUGCCGCCCAAGCUUUGUGGAUCACAAUUCUGCGUUUCUGCGGAGACCUGCCCGAGCCGCGUUUCGUGAACAGCGACAGAGACAACAGCUCCGUCAUGCAAAGGGUCCAAGCGACCUUGGGAAGGUCGUUCACGCAGACCUCGCAGUUCAACGACCUGAUGAACUCCAACAAAGAAACGAUCGCACCAAAUUCGGCUUUGCCACGGUCUGUGAGAGGAAAACUGGUGUCUCUGACGUUGAGGAGGAAGAACAAGCUGCCCGAAGAAAUGCGACAGGGCAUUUUGAGCGAGGAGUUGGCCAAGGAGAGCUACCAAAACUGGCUCAACUCACGGCCAACCACAAACUUGGAGAAGUUGCACUUCAUCAUCGGCCACGGAAUUUUACGAUCGCAAUUGAGGGAUGAGAUUUACAGUCAGAUUUGCAAGCAGCUGACCAACAACCCUUCCAAGUCGUCACACGCCAGGGGUUGGAUUUUGCUGUCUCUGUGCGUGGGUUGCUUCGCCCCGUCGGACAACUUCAACAAAUACCUGAAGGCGUUCAUCAGACAGGGACCGCCUGGCUACGCACCCUAUUGCGAGGGAAGACUGCAGAGGACGAUGACAAACGGAACCAGGACGCAGCCACCCAGUUGGCUCGAGCUCCAAGCCACCAAGUCGAAGGAGCCGAUUAUUCUGACGGUGACUUUCAUGGACGGUUCGCAAAUAACUCUGCGGACGGACUCGGCCACGACGGCCAGCGAACUGGUCGACAGCGUCGCCAACAAAAUCGGGCUCAAGGACCGAUUUGGCUUUUCACUCUUCAUCGCCCUCUUUGAUAAGGUAUCUUCCCUUGGAAGUGGAGGUGACCACGUGAUGGACGCGGUGUCCCAGUGCGAGCAGUAUGCAAAGGAACAGGGUGCACAAGAGAGAAAUGCGCCCUGGCGCCUCUUCUUCAGGAAGGAAAUUUUCGCGCCCUGGCACGACCCGUCCUUUGACCCUGUCGCCACCAACCUGAUCUACCAGCAGGUCGUUCGGGGCAUCAAGUACGGAGAGUACCGCUGCGAUAAGGAGGAGGACAUUGCUAUGCUGGCCGCUCAGCAGUACUUCAUCGACCACGGCGCCAACCUGAAUCCGACCAUUUUGGCAGGAUCGUUGCCCAUUUACCUGCCAGACUCGCACCUUGUGGGACCAAAAGAGAAGGUCUUGGACAAGUGGUCCACAAACGUGACGCAGGCGUUCAAAAAGGUUUUUUGUCCUGAUUUUUAUUUUCUUAUAAAUGUUUUUCAUGUAAUUUUUAUAAAUCAGAGUUACUAUGUAAAAGAAAACGUGUCAAAGGGCAAGGUCAAGGAGGACAUCGUGACCUACGCGAGGCUCAAGUGGCCGCUUCUUUUCUCCAGGUUCUUUGAAGUCUUCAAAGUUUCUGGCGCUACUCUGGCCAAAAAUGACGUCAUCAUCGCUGUCAACUGGACUGGUCUGUACGUGGUUGAUGACCAAGAGCAAGUCCUGUUAGAAUUAUCCUUCCCUGAGAUCACAGACAUAAUAACUAAACCAGCAACAAUGAAAAAUGGUCAACCAGUGUCACCGCAAAUUGAGAUGCACACCGCCCAGGGUCAAACCUUGACGUUCAACGCGCCCAACUCUGAGGACCUGAAGGACUUGUUGUUCUUCCUGAUCGGCGAGCUCAGGAAGCUCUCCAGGUUCGCGGUCGCUCUGCAGGACUACACAGCAAAGGAAAACAAUCUGCUGACGUACGUGAAGGGCGACCUGAUUUACCUGGAGGGCGAAACGACCGGCGAGGUGAUGAUGAAGAGCGCCUGGGGCGUGGGACGGAACAGAAGGACCAACCAGCGAGGGGACGUCGCCAGUCACAACGUCUACAUUUUGCCCACCUUGAGAGAACCUCCAACCGACGUUAUUGCCCUCUUCCUGCAAGACGGCGCCCUGAAGGGUCGCCAGCUGCAGAUGAUGAACGCAGCCGAUGGUACGGUGAACAGGGUCAAACCACACACCCUUAUGAACUAUGCUGCUGAGCAUUUCCGAAUGUUCUCGCGGCAGUCGCUCAGCAAGGGUCAAACGCUGACCUCGGCCAGGGGCAAGAACGUGAGCAACGACGAGCUGUGGCGGCACUCGCGCGAGCCCCUGAAGCAGCCGCUGCUCAAGAAACUGGUCAACAAGGACGAGUUGGCUGCGGAGGCGUGCUUCAUGUCCGCGGCCAUCCUCAAGUACAUGGGCGACCUGCCCUCCAGGAGACCCAGAAACAGCUCUGAGCUCACCGACAGCAUCUUCGACGGACCCCUUAACCACGAUUUGCUGAGGGAUGAGGUUUAUUGCCAAAUCAUGAAGCAGUUGACGGGAAAUACGAGCGAGUUCAGCACUGAAAGAGGAUGGGAACUGAUGUGGCUCGCGUCUGGACUCUUCGCCUGCAGCACUGGUCUGCUGAAGGAGCUGACCAUGUUCCUGAGAACAAGGAAGCACCCCCUGGCCCAAGAUUCCCUGCAAAGGCUGCAGAAGACCCUGAACAACGGCCAGAGAAAGUAUCCCCCGCACCCUGUAGAGGUUGAGGCUAUUCAGCACAAGACCACGCAGAUCUUCCACAAGGUCUACUUCCCAGACGACACUGACGAGGCGUUUGAGGUUGAUUCUUCUACAAGGGCGCGCGACUUGUGUGGCUCGAUUGCCAAACGGCUCAAUUUGGUUUCGGCCGACGGCUUCAGCCUUUUCGUGAAAAUCGCAGACAAAGUCAUCAGCGUGCCCGACACCGACUUCUUCUUUGACUUUGUGCGUUACCUGACAGACUGGAUGAAGCGGACGAGACCGACUCGAGACGGAGUGGCUCCGAACUUCCUCUACCAGAUCAUCUUCAUGCGCAAACUGUGGACCAACGUGUUCCCAGGAAAGGACAAAAACGCCGACCAAAUCUUCCACUAUCACCAGGAAGUGGUCAAACUCCUCAGAGGCUACCACAAAUGCGGAAAGGACGAGGCCGUUCAACUGGCUGCCUUGAUUUAUCGCGUCAACAACGGAGUCAAUAAAAACGAGUUGGCAAAUAUUGGGCAAAACUUGAAAGACUACGUUCCGAGCGACAUGAUUCGCCUCCAGAGCAGCUCAGAGUGGAAAAAGGCAAUCACUUCUGCCUUCAACAAAAGCUCCGGUUUGAGCAAAGAGGACGCAAAAACUGCCGUGCUGAAAAUUCUGUACCAGUGGCCCACUUUUGGCUCUGCCUUCUUCGAAGUCAAGCAGACCUCCGAGCCAGGCUAUCCGGAAAUCAUCAUCGUCGCCAUCAACAAGAACGGCAUCAGCCUGAUCAAUCCUCAAAACAAGGAAAUUCUGAUCACGCACUCGUUCAACAAAAUUUCCAACUGGUCCUCGGGCAACACGUACUUCCACGUGACCAUCGGCAAUCUGGUCAGGAGCAGCAAACUUUUGUGCGAAACCCCGCUCGGCUAUAAGAUGGACGAUUUGCUGACCUCGUACAUCGCGUCGCUCGUCAACACCAUCGAGCAGAGGAGCCGAAACUACUAAUUUAUUUUCCUUAAUUUGCUUUGUUCACUUUUUUAAUGACGGUGUAUUUAACCGAAGAGAUCGGAUAGAGUUGAAAUGGAAAUAAAGAUUUUAACUUAACCUAGUAGCAA